AUGGCCGGAGCAGUAUCUUCCUCUGGUCCCAUGGGCACGGACACGUUUUUAUUCAUUAAUUCUCAAACCCAAAAGCCCGACUUUAUUCAAGAUCUGGCAUUUGGGUGCGGUCUCAUCAACAGGAACAUCAACUUCGGGCAAAAUGAUGGGCCUCAAAAUACAAUUGCAGGGUUAUUUGGGCUUUCACCCGGCCCAAGAUCAUUCCCUAACCAACUUGAUGCCCAAAUUCAAGGGAAGUUUUCCUUUUGUCUUACAUCUUGGGCCGAGCCAAACCUUGGCAGAUCUACAAUGUAUUUUGGUGAUUCGGCCCAAAGUCAAGGGCCUAAUGUCCAACAAAUUCCUAUGCAUGCAAGAGAAAGAUACCAUCUAUAUUUUAGUGGUAUAAGUGUAAACGGAAAUAGACUCUCAAUCGAUCCUUCUAUAUGUGCGUUAACAGAUGAUGACGCUUCUAAAGGCACAGGGUUCUUCGUUGACUCUGGUGCACCAACCACAAUACUACCUAAAACUGCAUAUCAAGCCCUACGUGCAGCAAUGGUUGAUUACUUUGCUCAAUACGGUUGGCAGACUAUCGGAGGACAAACCUUUGAUCUAUGCUACACGGCGACACCUAAAGAGGGUCAAAGCUUUCCGUCUGUGGUCUUUCACUUUUCGAAAGGAGACCAAGGAGGGGAGGUCGAUUGGACAAUGGACAAGGACAACAUGUUUGUUAGGUUCGAUCAAAUUGAUGGUUUUUGUAUGGUGGUCGGCGAAAUUCCUGAUCCAGGACCUUGCCUCCUUGGAGCGUAUCAACUAGCAAACUUUAAGGUCUCAUUUGACGUGAAAAAUGGGAUUUUUUCCUUUGCUCCUCAGAGAUGCCAAGAGAAUCUUUAG